CCGUGAAUGUUGUCGACUUUAUUAGAGACUAUCGAUUGGUUCCCUACAAAUAAACGAUUUUCUGAUUGAAAAUUGAGUUUCAUUGGAGAAAAUGAAUAUUCUUCCAAAGAAAAGAUGGCAUGUACGGACUAAAGACAAUAUCGCUCGAGUGCGCCGUGAUGAAGCCGAAGCGAAAGAAAAAGAACAAAAACGGCAAGAAAAAUUAUUGUUGGCGGAAAGUGAAGCUCGUAUAAACUUUCUGAGAAAGAAGACGGGACUGCCUGAGCGUCACAAUGACAGUGACGAAAUCUCUGUACUACCAGCACACGAAAAUCAACAACAUGUAGAUUUAUUUGCUGAUUAUAGAUCCCAUACAAAAACCACAAAUAAGGCGUCGGAAGAAGAAAAAAAGGAAGAACGAGAAAAGUAUGAAAAACAAAUCGGCUACUUGACAUACUUGGGACAGGAUACGAAUGAGGCGUUAAAAUUGCGAAGCUGGUACGAGGUUGCACCACAAAGACCAGAAGUGGGUGAUGAUAAUAUCGUUGAAAAAGAUUUAAAAAGUAAACGAGCACAAGAUCCUUUAACGCUUAUUAAUGCCUUAAUACCUAGCGACCAGUCAAAGACUGUAAAGCCAUCCACAACCAAGCUUUUUCGUGAAAAUAGUGACACUGGUAUUUACCAGCAAAUUCUCACGAUAAAAAAAUAUGAAAAUAAAACUAAAGAAUUCGAGCAUCGAAAACAUAAAAAAGGGAAGAAACAUAAGAAGCACAAGCACAAAAAGGAUAAAGGGAAAAAAAGAAAGCACCACAGCCAUGGAGAAAGGAAGUGUGACUCGGAAGAGCGGCAACAACUUAGCCGCGAAAAAUUGGAAAAGCUUCGUAAGGAACGACUACUACGAGAGGCUAGUGAACGUGCAAGGCAAGAAGAACUUCUGGCACCAAAAAAUAUUACACAAGAACUGAAGAAUACGGAAAUAACUCCAACUCCACGAAUUGUCCAAAAAUAUAAUAGCCAAUUCAACCCGGAAAUAGCAAAACAAAAUAUUAUUUAAUUUACUAUAAACUAAAAUUUUAAAUAUACAUUUAAUUGUUUAUA